CGCUAUUUGACUUAUGUGUUCUCUCGGCUAUCGCCAGACAAGGGGUGUGAGCACUAAUGAGCCGAUACCCUAACGUCAAAGACUAGUAUUCUUCCCGUUGAAUACGUCUGGGGCUUUCCAUUACCGAAUUGGACAAACGCCAGCACUCUCCCAUUCCUUCGGCCAUGUCAGAGCACUAUGCUUCUGGAUCGACGUCGGGAUAUGCGGCACCAAGAAACGUCAAGAAGCUCAAGAAUAUCAAGAAUCCCAAGAGUGAAGAAGAUCUCGAUGUCGAAGGCCCGCUUGAGGUAGCCGGCUGGGUGCAAUCCGGCCGUGGCAUCAACUUCCAGGGCUGUAUCUCCGUCAGAGGCCCCAUCGACGCCUAUGGCAACAUUACCACAAAGGGGGAGAUGAGUUGCCAGGGACAGAUCAAAGCGUACGGCAACAUCUUGGUCAACGGCUAUCUAGCCUCGAGCGACAAGAUCAUCGGAUAUGGAAAACUGAGAGUAGAAGGUACCCUUGAGGGGGUAGACCUCGAGGUUUGGGGAAACUUGAUCAUCAUUGGCUUCCUGAAAUGUAGACGCCUGGUUCUAUACGGUUCAUUGACCCUCAUUGGACCAGAUUCCACCUAUCUCGUGGAGGAAUCGGAAGAAAUUGCGGGGGCUAAGCUGAUGCGGGACACGGAGGCAGAUUGGGAUCUGUGAGCCAAUGGAAAUACCCUGGAGAAUGCGUGUGCUCGAGACAUGUAUCCUGUCAUGAUGAAACGAUAGGGAGCUUUUGAACCCACUGGGGAACGGAGCAUGGUAUAAAUUGCGAUAUAGACGUGGUGUUUUCUUUUGUGUAUACGGAGUAGGCAGGGACUAUUUGGUUGCCGGGUUAGGUAAACCCCCCCUGAGAAAUGGAGUAAUAUAGAUUAAGAAAUGAGAUCAAUGAAAUAAGGGUAAUCUCACAAGCUAGGAUCUCAUCAAGAUUGCCG